GUCGUGGUGCAAGCCCGAGGCCGGACACUGGCACCACAACCCGCCAUGUGCGCCGUGGCGAUCAGUGGCGACCAGACCCCAGCUGAGGCAACAGUUCGUCCAUCGCUCGCGCCUAUACUGUGUUCUGUGGCGGCAAUGCUUAUCAAGAUGAUGGCGGUCUUGCUGUUGCCUGGACUCGCCAGUUGUGCAGAAACGCGCUGCAUUCGGCGUGGAGCGAUCUGUGAUGGUGUUAGACACUGCGAAGACAACUCGGACGAAGACAUCUGUAAUGGAGGCAAGUUAAGAAUAUUUAGUGCUACCACAACGACCACUACUGCCACAACCGCAACAACAACUGCGACGCCCGCCCCCACCCCCCCCCCCCCCAACAACGUGGAGGAGAGCGAGGCGCUGGGUCAGAGGUUCGCUCGGACCUUCAACGACACGCUCCACCACCCGAGAUGCCCCAAGCUCUACACCAGCGUCGGGAACAAGUGCCUCUCCCUCCUCUACUUCGUCAAGGUCGGGUGGGGGGAGGCAAGGUCCCUGUGCUCGGCCAUCGGCGGGGAGCUGGUUGUCUAUCCUUCGGCCUCCGACGGGGAGUUCGCUGCCCUCCUGAAGUACCUGCGGGAGAUACAGAUGACGACGGACUUCUGGGUGGGAGGCCGGUACACGAAGGACACCGAGGCCUGGACGUGGCUGGACGACGCCCCGAUGGACCUCGGCUCGCCCUACUGGGCCGUCAGACACACCAACAGCUGCAGCAGCCGCCAGCAGGAGUCGGCGCCACACGCCAAGCCUGAAGACGUCGCCUACUGGACCAACACUUCGGCCUGCUACCACUACGAGCAGGCGCCGCGGCGCGACUCCCAGCAGCUCUGCGCCGCCGUCACCUUCCGCCACUACUUCUACAUUAGCGACGAGGACUGCCUGGGCGUCAGGAGCCCUCUGUGUGAACAUGUUCCCAGCACCGCUCAUGACCUCACGCUCGCUGGCAGUCCGUGAGCGCCGGUUGCUUUCAGGGACAGAAUCUGAUCAGAAAGCGAUGUUUUCAUGUAUUUCAAGAAACCUUUAAAUAAAGGCCCUAUCACACUAUACCUCUACCGUCAAUUUUUGCGUUUCCGUAUGAGGCUAUUCAUAUGUAUUUGCAAACGGAACUCCUCCCAGAUGGAGUCCGUUUCCGUCGGACUAAUUUUCGUCUUGAUCUUGUGCUACGAUCCAUACAAAAAAGAAUAUUAAUAAAUUAGAUAGAAUAAGUUAAUGCAUACAUAAGUUGAUAUUCUAGCAUGUUUCUAAAUACAUAAUGAUAUUUCUUUAAUUAACAUAUGUAUGAAAAUGCUCGUGUGAUUCCCAGGACCUGACUCAGAUGGCGCCAUGUUUGUUAAAAGGAACACUAUGUUUGCGACCUUGGUAGUCUGACAGGGCCAGUCCAUUUCCAUACGGAAAGUUCAUCCGGAAACGUGAAAGUUGAUGAAAAAGGUGGUUGUGUGAGGGCCUUUCUCGUAUCUUGAUCGUGAAUCAGAUGAACUUUUAAUUUUGACAAAUAUCUUUUGAAACCGAUUAUACAGGAACUUAUUCUAGUGUACACUUAAUACAAAAUAGCCCUUGAUCUAUUAGAAUUAAAUUGGAUGUCAUGAAACUUCAUGUUUUGUAUUUACUACAUAUUUAGUUACGCAUUAUUGAUACAAAUACUAUAAUUGCGGAUGCAAGUAAUAUACAUUAAUAAU